AUGGAUUCCUCCUCAACCUUCGACCACAUGAAGGACAUGUGGAAUAAAUCUAAUAAGUCAGAAGUGCGGACGUCACUCAAGGGCUCGUAUAGCAGGGCGCGGAAGAGGUUUCGAGAAGCGACAGAGAGUCUGGAAAACACAGACUCAGCGUCGCUGAACGCACCUCCUCAUGAAGCAGUGGGUGUAAUUGUUCGAGAUGAGGGCGACGAUUUGUGA